AUGCUCCCGCCUGUAGUGACAAAGAAGCUCAAGUACCCCAGUAAGCAAGCCUGUUUAGUUGACCAACUACCACUAACAGACUUUAACGCGAAUAUCUUCCCACCAGAUUACUGGGAUAAGCCGCUUAAAUCAUGGGGGAACCUCCUAGAUCGGGAUAUAUUUUUCGCCGAGGAAGUACCCGGGGCGUCAUGUAGGCUAGCCCAUAAGACGUUUUCAAGUGAACUUAAAGUUCUUGUCAAUCACUUGCCGGAAGGAAGCCGUGCAGCAAAGAAAGCAAAAACUUUGAUGAAGCAGUUUCAGGAUAAGUUUGCUCUGGCAUCAGUGAUUUGUGCUACGCCCGCAACACUGUUGAUUAUCUGGGUGACUAUUACUCAUCUGGAUGUGGAAGAAGAGCGUCGUAGUCUUAGAUUAUGGCUCCCUACCCCCCAGCCAAAAUCACACUGCGACGUGCAUGUGUUGCUGCAUGUCAGAGGCGUGCAAGCCACACCCUGCGAUAUAAUCGAGCGACGUUGUCGCGGAAGGCUACAUACUAGCCUGAAGUGGGGAGCCAACUAUGGUCUUGAGACGUGUAGCGGUAAACGUGAUCCAGCCAUCUCAAUGGUUUGGAAAAAUCAUCGAAUGUCAUUAAUGAAUUGCGCUGCUACAACGAAAGUCAGCAAGCGUAAAUUGGAGAGUGUAGCCGUUUCUGCAGCGGUCACAGUUGCAGAAGCCCAUUUCAAUCGGGAUGCUAAAAAGCUUAAGCUUGAUGGCUGUACCGAUUACGAAGUAGUUGACACUGGCACCAUCAGUGACACAGACAAUGAUGAUUUGAUUGAUUACAAGAUCCCUUCCUCCACUCAUACUGACGCUAAGCCAGAGAGACCCGAGAGCCCUGACGAUCCUGACGAACAACUGGAAAUAGAUUUGACGACCAUUGAACAGCUUGUUAAGCAAGAAAAUUUAACUGAUUAUCAAUUAAGCGUCAUCGAAAAAGUCAGGCAUUCUGGGUUAACUUGGAGCAAUUCGUACGAGAUCCUUGCCUUAUCAUCGAUCAUUGUUCUUUCCCCCCAAUGUCCAUACCCAAACUUUACGGGACAUGAAUGGCGUAAGAUUAUUGCUACCAAUCCCUUUAUUAUCGAGCAUCCGAUUGUCCCGCCGUCUAUUUCUAGCGCAUUGCUCGAAGCUGGUAGGAAAUACGCUCUUGGUCUCGAUGGUUAUAUGAUUGCUGGCGAUUCCGAACUAAGCAGGAUUGCGGCCCGGUCCUUUAAUGAGCUAAUGAAUAUCCCCGUUACUGCCCCCACCAAGACAACAGAGGAACUCCACUGUGCUCAAUAUCUCUAUCCCGUUUUGCGACCUGUUUUCUUUCAGCCGCUAAAGGAUAUGAGGUUCGAGUUUAAGCCAUUGGGCUAUACACCACUCCAACGACGAAAAGAUUUCAUCAAGGUGCAUCUUCGAGGAAAGAAAGCUAUCAACCAACAACUCUGUGCAAGGGGUGGCCCAGGGGAAGCAGCUAUUUUUAUGAACAUGGGGGACAUGGUGGAAUCGUUCUUUAUGGACCUUAAGUUUCCCGCCCUCUAUCGCACAUGGCCAUUUCACAUAACCAAACUGGUCACUGAUAGGGUCUCGAUUCCACUUGUAGAGUCAAUAUUCUGUCAUUUUGUGGCCCUGGAGAAAAGAAUGAACGUGAUCGCGGAGGACUUCUCCAAACGGAGUACCCAAUUCACUCCACCCCAGCAGAUGACAUUUAUUACUGAACUUCUAGAAUCUCCACAAAUAAAGCACAUGUUAGCAUGA